GGGCAGGUCGGCCCCCGGCCCCUCGUCCAUCUUCCCGACGGCCUCCGCGGCCGGGCAGGGGGUCGGGAGCCGCGCCGGCCCAUGACGGUCCUCCUUCCCGACAGCAUCUGCAAAGAAUAUUUCAAAAUGAUGACCAAUAUAGUCGUUUUGAGCGUCAUCAUCUGCAUUUCUUUAUCCUUCUGGAUCAUCUCUAUGACCGCAAGUACCUAUUAUGGUAACUUACGUCCCGUCUCUCCCUGGCGCUGGUUAUUUUCGGUGGUCGUUCCGGUUUUGAUCGUCUCAAAUGGCUUUAAGAAGAAGAGCUUAGAUCACGGUGGAGCUUUGGGAGGACUUGUUGUUGGUUUCAUCCUAACCAUCGCUAAUCUGAGUUUUUUCACCGCUUUGCUGAUGUUUUUCCUUUCUUCCUCAAAACUCACUAAAUGGAAGGGCAAAACAAAGAAAUUGAUAGAUUCCGAGUAUAAAGAAGGUGGACAGAGGAAUUGGAUUCAGGUUUUCUGUAACGGAGCGGUGCCCACCGAAUUGGCCCUGCUGUAUAUGAUUGAAAAUGGGCCCGGGGAAAUUCCGGUCGAUUUUACCAAACAGUAUACUGCAUCGUGGAUGUGCUUGUCCCUUUUGGGAGCGUUGGCUUGCUCCGCCGGAGAUACCUGGGCUUCUGAAGUUGGUCCCGUCCUGAGUAAAAGCCAGCCGAGGCUGAUAACAACGUGGGAGAAAGUUCCAGUCGGGACCCACGGCGGGAUCACCUUAGUGGGCGUCAUCUCGAGCCUCCUCGGUGGCACGUUCGUGGGCGUGGCCUAUUUUCUCGCCCAGCUGGUUUUCGUGAACGAUUUGGACAUUUCAGCUCCCCAGUGGCCACUCGUGGCAUUCGGCGCUCUGGCGGGAUUACUAGGGUCGGUCCUCGACUCCUACUUGGGAGCGACAAUGCAGUUCACCGGUCUGGAUGAAAAAACCGGCCUCGUCGUCAACCAUCCUAGAAAUGCUGUGAGACACAUCUCUGGGAAACCGAUCCUCGAUAACAAUGCAGUGAAUCUCUUUUCUUCCGUACUCAUCGCUCUGUUGCUUCCUAGUGUAGCCUGGGCGUUCUGGCCCCGAGAGUGAGCCGCGUUUAAUCUUUCUAAUCCGAAACCAUGGUUCACGUUGGGAGUAGGCAGCGUAAGGAAGAGAAGAAUCCCUGUCCAGCGGAUAGUCACGGGAAUAUCAGGGACCGGAAGGUCUUCUGGAAUCGAGUAGUUAUUUCUAACUCGAAGCACCCUUAAAGCGCUCUCCCUCCGUCUCCUCUUGCUUUCCUUCCUCUCCCUCAUCGUCCUCUUCAGGUUUCCUUCUAUCACCAUCUCUUUUUUUAAUCAUCGCUUCAUCACCCCGCACCCCUCCAAGUAUCGGAUCACCUUAAGACCCUCAUCCCCCCUCCCAAUAUAAAAGAAUUGCGAUUGGUCUGGUCUGGAGAAGUUUUGUGUGUGUGUUGUUUUUUUUUAAUUUGACAUUGAGUUCAUACAACCAAAGCUAGGUUAAAGAUUCUUAAACUGUGUUCCCUGAUUAUUUUUUUUUUUGCAGUUUCCAAUUUACCUUAGCGAUCUUCAGAAUGUAACCAUACUAGGGGCUGCUUCUGAACCCUUCUUUUUUCUACCCCUUCCAUAAAAAGUUCAUCCCCAGGAUGCGGUUUCAUCACUUCCGAAUUGGUAGGUUUUUAAAACAUCCAUAUGCCCUUUCCCUCUGGGUGUCUUUUGUUUGUUUUUUAAGGGUGAGUUUGUUCUGGGUGGGGAAAGGGGCCGCUAAUUCUGUUGUAUUCUACCCUCCCAAGCACGGCACUAACCACUGGGGUAGAUAGCAAUUGAAACUGACUCCUCUGCCCGAGUCCUCCAGAGAUCUCGCUGACAGAACGUUUUGUUCCUCUCCCUCCGCAGUUCCCCCAGUAGUCAUGUUGCCUCUGACCUUUGGUUUACCGCAUUUUGUCAUCCAUACCACAUCCCUCUGCCUCCCUGAGUUUCAACCUGUUCAAACUGUAGGGGGUUUCUUUCAUCUCCUCUACUGUGCAUCACUCCUGCUGAACCCGACUCCAGGGCUUAUGUAAAAUUACCCCUUAUGAUAAUAAAUCCUUUCCAUUCUAA